AUGAAACAGUUAUAUAUAUAUAUCAGGUUCAAGUUUUAUUAUGUAAGUCUUAAAAUGAAAACUCUGUUUCUAUUCACCUGUCUCCUACUUUUAUUUGAAGUUGGAGAGUCAUGGGUUUGGGGAGGCAGCAGCUGGUAUGGAACGACAACAACAUCAAUUUGUCAGAACCAGAAACUCACUCUGCAUUGUGGUCAUGGCAGAGUGAUUAAAAUCCGGCAUGCCAACUACGGUAGGACAAACUACUUUACCUGUCCACGAGGAAAUCUUCACACAGAUGAUUGUGAAAGCAGCGAUACAAAGGAAAUUGUAAAAAAGCGCUGUAAUGGAAGAAGAAAAUGCACGCUUACAGCAACAAAUUCCAUCUUUGGUAAUCCUUGUCAUGGUACAACUAAAUACCUGGAAGUGACAUUUAAAUGUAUCCAUGACGAUGAAAAAAGAUCUUUAAAGAAUGUGAAAUAAUAACUUCAGAGCAUGACCGCUACAGUGCAAUCGGAACGUUCUUUAUGAAUAAAGAAAAAGUCCAAACA